AUGGAUCCCGGGCAGCAGCAGCCGCCGCCUCAACCAGCCCCCCAGGGCCAAGGGCAGCCGCCUGCGCAGCCCCCCCAGGGGCAGGGCCCGCCGUCCGGGCCGGGGCAGCCGGCACCCCCGGGGUCCCAAGCGGCGACGCGCCCCCCCGCCGGACACCAGAUCGUGCACGUUCGGGGGGACUCGGAGACCGACCUGGAGGCGCUUUUCAACGCCGUCAUGAACCCCAAGACGGCCAACGUGCCCCAGACCGUGCCCAUGAGGCUCCGGAAGCUGCCUGACUCCUUCUUCAAGCCACCGGAGCCCAAAUCCCACUCCCGACAGGCCAGUACUGAUGCAGGCACUGCAGGGGCCCUGACUCCACAGCAUGUUCGAGCUCAUUCCUCUCCAGCUUCCCUGCAGCUGGGAGCCAUAUCUCCUGGGACACUGACCCCCACUGGAGUAGUCUCUGGCCCAGCAGCUACGCCCACUGCUCAACACCUUCGACAGUCUUCUUUUGAGAUACCUGAUGAUGUACCUCUGCCAGCGGGCUGGGAGAUGGCCAAAACAUCUUCUGGUCAGAGAUACUUCUUAAAUCACAUAGAUCAGACAACAACAUGGCAGGACCCCAGGAAGGCCAUGCUCUCUCAGAUGAACGUUACGGCCCCCACCAGUCCACCAGUGCAGCAGAAUAUGAUGAAUUCGGCCUCAGGUCCUCUUCCUGAUGGAUGGGAACAAGCCAUGACUCAGGAUGGAGAAAUAUACUAUAUAAACCAUAAGAACAAGACCACCUCUUGGCUAGACCCCAGGCUUGACCCUCGUUUUGCCAUGAACCAGAGAAUCAGUCAAAGCGCUCCAGUGAAACAGCCCCCACCACUGGCUCCCCAGAGCCCUCAGGGAGGAGUCAUGGGUGGUGGCAGCUCCAACCAGCAGCAACAGAUGCGGCUGCAACAGUUGCAGAUGGAGAAGGAGAGACUGCGACUGAAGCAGCAAGAACUGCUUCGGCAGGCAAUGCGGAAUAUCAAUCCCAGCACAGCAAAUUCUCCAAAAUGUCAGGAAUUAGCUCUCCGUAGCCAAUUACCAACACUGGAGCAGGAUGGCGGGACUCAAAAUCCAGUUUCUUCUCCUGGGAUGUCUCAGGAAUUAAGAACAAUGACGACCAAUAGCUCAGAUCCCUUUCUUAACAGUGGCACCUACCAUUCUCGAGAUGAGAGCACAGACAGCGGACUAAGCAUGAGCAGCUACAGUGUCCCUCGAACCCCAGAUGACUUCUUGAACAGUGUUGAUGAAAUGGAUACAGGUGACACUAUCAACCAAAGCACCCUACCUUCACAGCAGAACCGUUUCCCAGACUAUCUUGAAGCCAUUCCUGGGACAAAUGUGGACCUUGGAACACUGGAGGGAGAUGGAAUGAACAUAGAAGGAGAGGAGUUGAUGCCAAGUCUGCAAGAAGCUUUGAGUUCUGACAUCCUUAAUGACAUGGAGUCUGUUUUGGCUGCCACCAAGCUAGAUAAAGAAAGCUUUCUUACAUGGUUAUAGAGCCCUCAGGUAGACUGCAUUCUAAAUCUGUGAAGGAGCUAAGGCGAUUAAGACAUACACCUGAAAUUUCCAAAUAAGCCAGUUGCGACCUUCUGGCCAAUACAGAAAAAGAUGAACAAACGUCCAGCAAGAUUCUUUCAUCCACUAUUUUGCUCUUCCUUGUCCAUUGCUGCUGUUAAUAUGUUGCUGACCUCUUCCAUAGUUGGCUCUAAAGAAUCAAAAAAACUUUUUUUGUUUCUUUUGCUAUUAUAACUACUGUUUGUUUUGGGGGCUGGGGGAAGUGAGCCUGUUUGGAUGAUGGAUGCCAUUCCUUUUGCCCAUUUAGACGUUCACCGAUCAUUUUAACUCGAUACUCAGACUUGGAAGUCAAAUGCUUCAUGUCACAGCAUUUAGUUUGUUCAAGCAAUUGUUUUCUUCAGCUGCCUUUAGCCAGUGGAAAAACAUGACUUACUGGUCUGACAAGCCAAAAAUGUUGUAUCUGAUAUUAAGUACUUAUGCUGAUUUGGAGAGAUUGCUGAAACCAAGGCUGAAGACUGUUUUACUUUCAGUGGUUUUUUUCCCUCCUAGUGCUAUCAUUAGUCACAUAGUGACCUUGAUUUUAUUUUAGGAGCUUUUAAGGCUUGAGACAAUUUCCAUAGAAAUAUAUUAAUUAUUGCCACAUACUCUAGUGUAGGUUUUGAUGAGUUUUACUGUGGGUAUUUUUUUGUUUAGGUUGAUUGGGGGGUUUGGGGUUUUGUUCAUUUGUUUUUGUUUUUCCAGAACAUAGGCAAAUUACCAUAGUAGUAAAUCUGUUUAUAGUUGUAGUUUGGGGAGUUAUUGUAGUACUUUGGUAAAUCUACAUUUCCGGUUAUUUCUGGUUUUUUUUUUUGGUUUUUUUUUUUUUUUUUUUUUUUUUUUUUUUUUACCAUCUUAUUUAAAUCUUGAUUAUCUGCUCUCUCUAUAUGUAUAACCACACACACUUAUAAUGUUUAUGGUAGUGUGAUAGCAGAAUGUAUUUUUUUUUAAGUUUUCCCAUCUUUCCAAUUUAUUUUAAAAUGGUAGCUUUGUGAAUGUAUGCAUUUAGAAUACAUGACCUAGUAGUUUAUAUUUCACAGAUAGUUUAAAUCUGGUUGGGGCAGUCUGCAGAUGUUUGUAGUAGUUUAGUGUUCUAGAAAGGGCUGUAGUUAUUAGUAGUGCCCAGAGGAAGGAGUUCUGUAUGUCCUCUGGGCACAGAGUGGAUAUUUGAUGAAUUUGAAAGAAGCAAACAAGAAAUGGCUUUAUUAUCCCCUGGUUACUCUCUCAGACUAAUACUAAGUCUUGAUGGGAAAUCACUGAGUUAGGUUCAUAAUGUACAUGACAGAAGUAAGCUUUAUAUAGUGGUUUACCUUCCUUUAGCUUUAAAAGUUUACCUUCACCUUAGUUUUGGACAUAAAUUCUAGUCUUUAGUUCUCAUUUGUAAUGAACACAUUAAAGACUACAUUGAAAUAUUGCCUACAAGACUGUUCCUACUUAAAAGACUUGCUCCUACUUCUAUAUGCUGAGAAUUUUUUGACCCUGAAUAGUAUGUAGUAUACUGUAAGGUCAUGAGUUAGCUGGUAAAGUGCUCAGAUUAAUGUAUAUUGGUAGUUGAAUUUAGCAAAGAAAUAGAUAAUCAUGAUUAUACUUUUAUUUUUACUGGAAGAGAUAUUAACUAGAGUAUGUGUCUACAGGAGUAAUAAUGGUUUCCAAAGAGUAUUUUUAAAGGAACAAAAUGAGCAUGAAUCAACUCUUCAGUAUAAGCUACGAAGUAAUAUUUGAUUGUGAAUUAUAGUGGCAUCCACUAGCACCUCUAUGAUUAAGGGUCUUUCAAUGUUUCUAGAAUAAUCCCUUAUUUUCAAGGGUUUAUAAGAUAUAAAAUCUCUUCGUGGCCAAAACUGAUAUGAAAAGCCUCAGCUUGGGAAGAUAGGUGGGUUUUUUUUUUUUCCUUUCUAAUUAAAAAAUCUAAGUAUUUUGACCCUUCAAUUUAGAGGAGUGCUAAAGUUGGAUAAGAAGGUUUAAAAGUUGGGUAAGAGGGUUUAUAUUAAAUACUUUCAGUGCUCAAAAUGCAAUCACUGUGUUGUAUAUAAUGAUUCAUUGGUUGACCUUUCAUAAUAAUUGACUCUAAGGCUAUAAGAAAGCAGCAGAAAGAUUAAAUCUUGAAUGAGGUCUGAGGGAAAACGGCCACUGCAGAUGUAUUGAUUUUUUUUAGAGGAAUAAUGAAAUUUUGCCUAGAAUGCACAAUUGAUUUUAUGGACGAUAUAGCAUGUUGGGUUUUUUUAUGUGCAGAAGAUCAAAGCUACUUGAAAGGAUGGCCUACAAUUUGCCAUUAAGCCACAAAUGAAGAUCGCAUCUCAUAUCUCAGCAGAGUAGCUGUAGAUUAGGGAAGAGGGUGGGAAGAUAGGAGGGGGGUUGUGACGAUUUAGUGAGACCUUGAUAGAGAACUUUAUAAGCUUCUUUUUCUUCAAUAAAGUCUGGCAUCUUGCUGUCAUUAAAGGCAGUUGUUCCUAGAGUUUCAAUCUCUUAAGUACACCCACAAAACAAAAAUACGGAAUUCUUAAUUUCCCUUCAACUUUAAUUUGCCUGGUUAUACCUCAAUGUUGUAGCAGCACCGUGGUACUGACACAUGGUGCUUUGAUUUUAUCGUAGCUUCUGUACUGACCUGAAGGAGACCUGAGUCCUUUCUGAGUUUGAAUCACAGCCCUGAUGUGGUCUUUCUUGUUUUAUGUCCUUGUUCCUAAUGUAAAAGUACUUAACUGCUUCUUGGUUGUAUUGGGUGGCACUGGGAUAAGAUUUUAACUGGGGAUUCUUGAAUUGCUUUUACAAUAAACCAAUUUUAUAAUCUUUAAAUUUA